AAUUUAUUGACCAGUACUCUAAGAUUGUUACCAUCUUCCGCUACUCAGAGUGACUCGCCGUAGCGCAUUGGUCGCCUUCUCGGUCAUCCGUUUGAUAUCUUCAUCUCGCUGAUACCGAAACCUUCAUUAAACAUGGCCGACGAACCUGGACAACCCCCCGCUCUCACGACAUUGAGCCUGGCCGAGAAGGCCCCCGCGUCCAAGGCAGUCGCUCAGGUUGUGACUCCUUUCGAUGUGUCCGGUGGUGUCGACGAGUCGGGUAAGCUCCUCCCAGUCGACUAUGAUAAACUGGUUCGGGAAUUUGGAGCGACUCGUAUAUCCAAAGAACUGCUCGAGCGCUUUGAAAGAGUAACAGGACGUCGGCCUCAUCGAUUUAUGCGCAGAGGAAUUGUGUUCAGUCACCGUGACCUGAACCUGAUUCUUGAUCGCUAUGAGAAGGGACAACCAUUCUACCUCUACACUGGGCGUGGACCUAGCAGCGACAGCAUGCACGUCGGACACACAAUUCCCUUUGAGUUCACUAAGUGGUUGCAGGAUGUCUUCGAUUGCCCUUUGGUUAUUAUGCUUACUGACGACGAGAAAUACAUGCAUUCGCAAAAGAUCGAGGUCGAGGAUGCUAAGAAAUAUGCGAAAGCAAAUGCGAAGGACAUCAUUGCAGUUGGGUUUGAUAUGAAGAAGACAUUUAUUUUCAGCGACUUCGAUUUCGUUGGCGGCGCAUUCUAUGAGAACAUCUGCAGAUUGGCGAAGAGGAUCACAAUAAACUCCGUCAGAGGAACCUUUGGCUUCAACGACAGCAACAAUGUCGGAGAAUUCCACUUCUGCGCGACUCAAUCGGCCACUGCAUUUGCAACCAGCUUUCCUCAUAUCUUCGGCACCGACAGGAAGAAGGUCUCGUCGAUUCCUUGCCUGAUUCCCUGUGCGAUCGACCAAGACCCGUACUUCCGUCAGUGCCGUGAACACGCCGAGAAGAUGAAGUACAAGAAGCCCUCUUUGAUCCAUGCUAUCUUCCUUCCCGCUCUUCAGGGUCCUGGCUCGAAAAUGUCUGCGAGCGUCGAGACAUCCGCCAUCUAUAUGAGCGACGCCCCCAAUCGAAUCAAGAACAAAAUCAACAAGUACGCCUUCUCUGGAGGACAGGAUACAGCUGAGCUUCAGCGUCAACUGGGUGCCAACACCAAGGAUGACGUCCCGUUCCAGUACCUGACGUUCUUCAUGGAAGAUGAUGAGGAACUGGAGCGGAUCCGUGUGGCUUAUGAGAAGGGAGAGAUGCUUACCGGCGAGGUCAAGCAAAAAUGUAUUGCGGAGCUACAGGCUUACGUUCAGGCCUUCCAGGAACGCAGGGCCCAGGUCACCGACGAGAUAGUUGCUGAGUUCAUGCAGCCCCGGCCCCUGGAGUGGAAAGGCAACCCCAACCCCAUCGUUGUUGAGAAGAAAUAGAGGUUCCUCACUUUGAAUAAAUAGCCCUGCUUUUCAGCGUGCACCUGCCAGUUUCGUCAAGCGCCUGCUUCCGGAAUGCUGGUCGUGGGGACGUACAGGUCCACCUUGGAAACAUGAGUGGUCCAGCAAAUGACAUGAAGCGAUGAUAGAUAUGAAUGAACUUGACCGUCUCAGCGUUUCAUCCUUGAUCGGUUCAAUGCGGAUACGCGUAAUAGUUUUACCCCAGUUGCCUUGUUGGGCAUGGGCAAUCUUGGGAUUAACGGUAGAUUUGACCAACAUCCAUCUCUCAUGGUUUAGACUCGUUCAGCAGGAUUCUGCCACGGAAGAAUCCUCUCACACCAUUACUGAGCCAACACCCUUCACCGUCGAUCAGCUCGGCGACAGUGAUCGUUUGUUCGGAGCAGAACC